UAUUAAUAUAAUUGAUUUCGAUGUGAUAAAAUUUAUGAAUAAAUUAGCAAUGUGGUUUUCAUCAAUUUGAAAGAUGAAAUUCAGGCUUAGCUUUGCCCUUCUGCACUCUAUUACUACAUUUUCCUAGACGUAGACAUACAUGGAAUUUAGUUUUGUUUAUGUUUGGAUGCUUUCUUUAUUGUUUUCAGAUUUAAUUUCUGAUUUUUUUAUCUGUGUAUUUUAGGUUCGAUUGUUAGCCUUGAAUCUGUUUCAAUUUAUUUAAUUGAGUUGUCUUGAAUCUGUAUUUUUGGCAUGAAUCUACUUAACUUGUUGUUGAUUAAAUGCAUUCAUUCUUUUAUUUGUUUUCUCCCUUUUUUCCUUAUGUAGCAUGUUUGUGUUAGUAUCUUAUUGAUGAAUGAAUGCUAAUAUUUGGGUUAAUUAGUUUUUUUAUUGAAUAAUUAUUUAUUGAUUGAAUGACUGGUCUAUAUUUGUUUUUCAAAGGUUUAGAUUCUGUCAUUUUGUGCUGAACUAAUCAUUUCCUGCUCUGAUAUUCUAUAGUUGUGAUAUUUGAUCAGGAUGCAGGUUUGACACUUUGUCGAAUUGGAACAAUGAUGAUGGAGAAGCCAUGGGAGCUGCAAAACAUGUUUUGUUUGCAGCUCCCUUAACUGAUACAAGUGAAUAUAUUUGGUGCUUUACCUUUUUUUUUUUUUUUUUGGUCAUGGGUUUUAAAAUUUAAUUUCGUAGUUUUAUGAUGAUUGUGAAAUUUAAUUUGAUAGUUUAGAUACUUUUUUUUUAAAAAAAAAAAACAGGUUAUAGUUGAAUUUACAUAAUUUGGGCAAGGAAAACCUUUAAUUGAUGGGCUGCUUGAAAAACUGGUAUUGUUAAAAAAAUAAACAAUAUUGGGCUUUUGAAAAUUCAACAAUAUUGGGCUUUUGGAAAGAAAAAAAAAAUUGAUUUUGGGCUCAACCCAGAACCGAACCUUGUAUGUUCGGGUCGGCCCAACUUCGGGUUUCAUUUUUGACUCGAUCCAACCCGAGAACCGCAGUAUUGGUCGGUUUGGCCCACGGGUUAGUCAAAAUUUGACCCGACCCGAACCGUGCCCAGGCCUAGUGCUGCCAGAUUCGAGCAGCUGCGUCUGGAAAAAGUUUAGAGAGCAGCGCAAGGCAAGCCCACAGGGGACUUUCAUCGAGCACCUUGCACACAAGGGGUCGCUCAGAUAACGGCCAAGGGGUCGCUGGUGGAGUCCACGGCUAGAUUUCCGGCAUUCCAAGGGGUCGUGUGACCCCUCUUGUCCCAACGUGCGUCCGCCACUGGCUCCCACCAAAACUCCUUGACACCCGCCCGCACCCAAUCCCUUUCUCCUCCUCCCCCUCCUGCUGCUACGUCAAAGCCCCUUGUAGAGGACAGGGAACUAAGAACAGCGCCAGGACUUUGAACGAGACCACAAGAGAAAGAAAAUGACCAAUCCAGUUCAGGAUUUUCAUGAAGAAGAAGAAGAUGACCAGGGUGAGGUUUAUCUUGAUGAAGCUGACAUUAUUGGCGAAGUCGAUGUUGAUGAUGAAGAUCUUCCUGAUGCAGAUGAUGAAAUUAUUGAUGAGCCUGAUGACUCCAUGCACAUAUUCACUGGUCAUACUGGUGAGCUUUACACGGUUGUCUGCAGCCCAACAGAUCCUACAUUAGUUGCAACUGGGGGUGGAGAUGACAGAGGGUUUCUUUGGAAAAUUGGACAAGGAGAUUGGGCGUUUGAGCUCCAAGGUCAUAAGGAUUCUGUUUCUAGUUUAGCAUUUAGUACUGAUGGACAAUUGCUUGCAUCCGGAAGCUUGGAUGGAAUUAUUCAAAUUUGGGAUAUCACAUCACAAAAUCUGAAAUGCACUCUUGAAGGUCCUGGGGGGGGCAUUGAGUGGGUCAGGUGGCAUCCUAGGGGGCAUCUGGUCCUGGCUGGUACAGAGGACUCUAUUGUUUGGAUGUGGAAUGCUGACAAAGGUUCCUAUCUUAAUUCGUUUUCAGGCCAUGGUGGUAGCGUGAGUUGUGGUGAUUUUACCCCCGAUGGUAAAACAAUAUGCACUGGUUCUGCUGAUGCAACUUUGAGAAUAUGGAAUCCAAAAAGUGGCGAAAACAUUCAUGUGGUACAAGGUCACCUGUACCAUACUGCAGGAUUGACAUGUUUGGCAAUAAGCUCUGAUUCAACUCUAGCUGUUACUGGUUGUGAAGAUGGUUCUAUCCAUGUUGUCAACAUAGUAACUGGAAAGGUUGUUAGUUCCCUGCCUUCACAUUCAGAUUCUGUCGAAUGUAUCGAGCUUGCCCCAAGCUUCCCGUGGGCUGCAAUAGGAAGUAUGGAUAACAAGCUAAUCAUCUGGGAUUUGCAGCAUUCGUUGGCCCGCUCCACAUGUGAUCAUGAGGAUGGAGUGACAUGCUUGACAUGGCUUGGUGGAUCGAGGUACCUAGCAACGGGUUGCGGGGAUGGGAAGGUUCGACUGUGGGAUAGUCUCUCGGGUGAUUGUGUAAGAACCUUCAAUGGGCACAGUGAAUCUAUUCAGUCUCUCUCUGUUUCUGCCAACCAAGAGUUUCUUGUUUCAGUAUCUACUGAUGGAACUGCCCGAGUUUUUGAGAUUGCAGAAUAUAAGUAAGCAAAGAUAGCCUACUUCAUAUAUUUGUAACAAAUAUGGUCCUAGAGUUAUGUAGUACUUGUGUUCAAAGAAUCUGAGAUGAAUUCCAAUACGUAAGCUUUCCUGAUAAAAUUUUCAACAUUACUGUUCUCUGUUUGUUAA